AUGAAAAUCCACAGUGGAGAGACGCUGCACACGUGUGAACAGUGUGGCAAGGGUUUCAAACUCAAAGGACAACUUGGGAUACACAUGAGGAUCCACACUGAAGAGAAGCCGUUCACAUGUGAUCACUGCAGAAAGAGUUUCUCACAAAAAGCACACCUUAAGGAGCACAUGAAAAUCCACACCGUGGAAAGGCCGUACUCAUGUGAUCACUGUGGGAAGAGUUUCCUUCGAAAAGGCAGUGUUCAGAGACACAUGACAAUCCACACUGGAGAGGCGUCCUUCACAUGUGAUCGAUGCGGGAAGAGUUUUGACGUCAAAAGAAGCCUGUUAUCACACAUGAAAAUCCACAGUGUAAAGAAGUCACACGUUUGUGAUCAGUGUGGGGAGAGAUACAGAUGCAAAAAAGAUCUUAGGCAACACAUGACAAUCCACACUGAAUACAGGCCGCACACAUGUGUUCAAUGCGGGAAGGGUUUCACACGAAAAGAACACCUUCAAAAAGACAUGCUUAUCCACACUGGAGAGAAGGAGUACUCGUGUGAUCAGUGCUCAAAGAGUUUCUCUCUAAAGGAAUCCCUUAAGAGCCACAUGCUGGUUCACAUUGAAGAAAAGCCGUACACAUGUGAUCAGUGUGGGAUGGGUUUUGCAAGAAAAAACGUCCUUGCCGUACACAUGACUAUCCACACUGGAGAGAAGCCGCACACAUGUGAGCAAUGCGGGAUGAAAUUCACACAGAGAUCGCACCUUGGUACACAAGAAAAUGCACACUGGCGAAAAGCUACACACGUGCGAUGA